AUGAAACUUCCAGAGCCCAGAGAAAAGCUCUCAGAUACACCUAAACGAAUCGAAGUUUUGGUUGGCACUUAUCCUCAGCAGGAAUACGGAGGAGUUUACGAGCGAGAAGAUGAGAUGCUGAAUGGCAAACCGAUUUAUGUACAAAUCAAUCAGAUGCGCUGGUGUGUGGAACACAAUAAGCCGUUGUACAUGGCGGCGAACAAGAAGUGCCAGAAUUUCGUGCAGUACGUAGCCAGGCACCGGGCUCCGCAGGAACAAUAA